ACACCUUCACCAACACCAUUAAUCCGGAUAACAACUGCACCAACAACAUCAACACCAUCACCAUCAUUAAACACAUCAAAUGCAUUUAAUUUUGGUUCUCUUCGUGAUUCAUUAGUCUAUUCAGACGAGUUCACACGACACCAACCCAGAACCAGUAAUCAAUUUGAUUCAAACACUUCACAUGGCACUUCCUCUUUCCCAUCAACAUCAGCACCCUUACCAGCCCCAACCGCAGCUCCACGACCAACACAAGCAUUACCCAACUACCAGCCAGACGUUGUCCGAACCUCAAAUCAACCUUCAAGAACCAUUGCCGUUUCAGGUCAAUAUCUUGGUCCUCAACUGCCUCGACGAACAUACGCCCAACCAACUCAGACACCCUACCAGCCACCACGACCAACAACAACUCCUUCACCCAACACGGAAUCAGCCUUUGAAGCCAACUUUGACCUGUCCGAGCCUGAAAACGAUGAUGAAGGUCUAGCAAAUUUACGAUCAACCAACUAUUUCCCCGAUUUACAGCGAAUAAAGCCAGUUAAUAGAACAUCAACAUCGUACUCAGUUUCAGUUUCAUCAUCUUCAUCAGCAUCUUCCUCUCCAUCACUCUCAUCCAACUACAACGUGGGAAACUAUCCAAUAACCAGUUUACCGGCAGCAACAGUAACAAGAGCAGAAGUACCAACAACAACACCAUAUCCAAAUGAGUACAUACGAGUAGCAACUUCAUCCUCUUUACCAUCCUCAUUACCGGUAGUAACUGAACCACCUUACGGAACCAGUUUAAAUAGGGCUGCAGCUUCAUAUGACCUAAGGUCAUCCAACUAUCCAAGUGAACCAGCAAACAGAGUGUUGAACAUUCAAAGCUCAGGAUAUGGUAAUGUACGUGGAGGAGCAAAUCAAAUAGCUCGUACUCGAUACGCCAAUGGUAGACAAUCAUCACCAAGGUCAUCAUCGGCAGCCUUUCCACCACCAUCAUCGCCAUCAACAGCUAGUCCAGUUAUUUAUCCAAUCAAUUUUUACAAACAUGUAGACGAAUUGGUUACACCACAAUCAAAUCCAACAACAGUUAUAACCACAACAACAACGCCUUUACCUACAACUUUCACACCAGAAGUAGCGCCAUCUUUCAGUUCAUCCGAUUACAACAACAACAACAACAUCAAUGGCGACAACCCAGAAGACUCAAGUCGUCCAGUGGUUCACUCAAACGCCCGACAACCUUCCGUUCGAUCAAACUCUGUACGCUCAUAUCUUCAGGCCAACAAUUUCCGAUCCAAUGUACGACGAGUGGUGGCAGUAAGAAGAGGACCAAAUGGUGUACGAACCAACACAAUAUUACGAUCAACAGCCGGUUCACCCUUGGCACCAUCUUCAUCCUCUUCAUCCUCUUCAUCAUUCCCAGUAGCACCAAACCAAUCCCAACCCACAAGCUACCGCAUCGCUCGUAUUGUACCAUCACAACCCUCACCAAGCAGCACAGUUGCACCACCAACAACACAAAGUCAACCCUCAACACAAGACUUGCCAUCAAAUGAUCGAGUAAAGAGUAAUUCCAAUCUUCCCGCUGAUACAGACGGCGAUGGUGUUCCAGGUGAAGCAGGCAAAGACUACCCAACCCAUGUAACCAUACCUAAAACAUCAUUCUCAUGUGCCAAUGUACCCAAUAAUGGUUAUUACGCCGAUACCGAGGCUCAAUGUCAGGUUGUCCAUUUAUGCCAAUCUGGUGAAAAUCAAGAUAGCUUUUUAUGUCCAAACGGAACCAUUUUCAAUCAGCAAAAAUUUUCAUGCCAAUGGUGGUACCAAGUUGACUGUAACGCCGCUCCAACCUAUUACGAGCUCAACGACAACUUUCAAUCAGCUCGAAUCAACCCAUCUUCAUCAUCAUCUUCAACACGAACCCGAAGUGCCAACGGACUUGCACAGUAAACCAACAACAUUUUAAACAACAUCAAGUUGAUCAACACAUUUCAAUCUAAAAAAACAAAUUUAAAUGAAAAAAAUAAACAUUAAAAUUGUUAACAAUUAAAUGCCAUUUCAAGGCUCAUUUGAUUCUGAAAAAAAAUCUCAACCCUUUUCCUCUCUCAAUCAUCAAAGUUGAAAAUUAAUCAACAGC